UGUUGCUCAGGCGCUGUUCUCUACCUGACAGCAAGCGGAAAGAAGCACACAGAACCGCGCUCCCAGCAGCUCACCAGCAGGUAUAAAGGGUCGUGCUGGAGGGAGCAUCGGGUGCCCGUGCUGAACACUGAGCGGUUGUUGCAUACUGCUAUACACAGCGGUAUGGAGCGCUCCUGAUUCCAGCAGGACGCCUGGAGGAGCGCAGCCAUUCUUUCCUCGUUACAUCUCGGAUCUGUUUGGACGUUCAGAGGCCGACCAUGUCUGUACGAGAGAAGAGGAUCCAGACUAAAGACAGUGUUAGCCUGCUGCCCUGCUUCUAUUUCGUAGAGCUGCCCAUCCUGGUCUCAUCUGUGGUGAGUCUGUACUUCCUGGAGUGGACGGAUGUGUUCAAGCCAGUGAAGUCUGGCUUCAACUGUCAUGACCGCAGCCUAAGCCUGCCCUACAUUGACCCUAACCACGAGGUCAUCCCCUUCCUGAUGUUGCUCAGCCUGGCCUUUGCUGGACCUGCCAUCACAAUAAUGAUUGGAGAGGCCAUCCUGUUUUGCUGUCUGUCUCGGAGAAAGCUCGGCGGUGGCGGUGAGGCUAACAUCAACGCAGCUGGCUGCAACUUCAAUUCCUUCAUACGCAGAGCCGUCCGAUUUGUUGGAGUUCAUGCGUUCGGUCUUUGUGCAACGGCCCUCAUCACAGACGUCCUCCAACUGAUGACUGGAUACCCAACACCAUAUUUCCUAACUGUGUGUAAACCCAAUUACACCACCCUAAAUGUCAGCUGUGAACAGAACCCAUACAUAAUGGAAGAUAUUUGCUCAGGGAGUGACCCUGCAGCAAUCAACCAGGGCAGGAAAUCCUUCCCAUCACAGCAUGCUACUCUGGCAUCCUUUGCUGCUGUCUAUGUUUCGAUGUAUUUCAACAGCACUCUGACGGACUCAUCCAAGCUACUUAAGCCCCUGCUCGUCUUUUCUUUUAUUAUGAGUGCCAUCAUUUGUGGCUUGACCAGGAUUAUUCAAUACAAGAACCACGCAAUGGACGUCUACCUGGGCUUUCUACUUGGAGGUGCUGUUGCUGUCUAUCUGGGAUUGUAUGCAGUUGGAAAUUUUCAGUCUAGUGAGGAGACCAGCAGCAGUCCUCCUGCACUUGUGCACUGCCCACCUUGCUCCUUGCCACAUAUUAGCCAGGAAGCUGUCCUCAACCACCUGCAAAUGAAAGCUAGCAUAUCUGGGGAGCCUACCAUCCCCAUCUCCCAUUCUGAGGGUCUGCUUCACCGAGGUCUUCAGCAGCAGAGGCCCGAUGGAAGCCUGAAGCGCUCUAGUGCAGAUGUGGAAGUGAUAUCCCCACACAGCCCCCACAGCAAAGAUGCCAUGAUGACCUUCAGUCACACUCUCCCUCGGGUCCACACCCCACAGGCUAUGGCAGCAUAUGAAGAGGCAGCUAGGCGCCAUGCUGCCACCCUCCACCAUGCCUCCAUGGACUCUAGCCGCUCAAAGCAGCUUUUGUCUCAAUGGAAAAGUAAGAACAACACUCAUAAGUGUUCUCUUCAGGUCCCAGAUUCAUUCUCCUCGUCUGUAGACUCGUCAUCAGGGCAGCCCUCCCAGCACCCACACCAUCAUGGCAGCAUGGAACUCCGAUCAAGCUCUGAGCCAUCUGCUAUGGGUCUGAAUGGUGGUUUUGAUGCCCAUGCAUACAUGUCCAAACUGGCCACAGGUGCUAGUACCACUUUACCCACUAACUGUAGUGGUAUCACUGGAGGAGCUAGGAUAAACAUGCAGCCUCGACCUGGGUCUUCUCAACUGGUCCACAUACCAGAGGAAGGUCAUGAAAGUUAUGCCAUCUCUGAGAGGACAGUGGGAGGAGGAGGAGGAAAUGAGGGGAUGUCAACAACAAACAGCACUAUCCAGGCUACCUGGCAAAGAGCUGCAGAGAAGACUGCAACCUGCAGGACUAAUGAAAAUGGGCAGAAUCUCCAACCUCGAAUCAUGCAAGUGAUUGCUAUGUCUAAACAGCAAGGACUUCUACAGACCCAUUCCAAAAGCUUAGAUGAAAGCAGCAUGGCGUGCAACAACACUGGGAGUUUCCAAGGCACUGCUCACUACAGGGCACUUACUGAUCAAGACCCCACCAACACCACAGGACCCAGCUCACUGGGCAGCACAUCAGGCAGUAUUUCAGGGAGCACUGGUGCAAUUGUCAGAGUAGAAGCCCACCCCGAAAACAGCAGACCAGUGAUCCAAGCUCCAUCUACAGAUGGAAGUGGAACAUGGAGGUGGCGAUCCCUGGAUCACGGCACUGGAGCCGGUGGAGGUACAGAGAUGAGUGGUGUAGGGGGAGCAUCAAGUGGGUGUUUGAGGCAGUCUUUUGAGCUCAAUGAUCUGAACAGAGACUCAGAAAGUUCUGACUCAAUACGUGAAGGAUCUAUUGACAGAAAGCGUGCCAAUCACAUUGUUACUACCACCGCCACCAUUAGCACCCCACCCAUAAUUACAGUUCACACGCAGAAAACUGGGCAGUCAGAGCAGAGGGUUCAACCACAGGGCCUCUCUACUAUAAGGGUAACUCCAGGUGAUGGAAGCACUUCUGGGUCUGGAGGAGGUGGUGGCAGUGGCGAAGGUGGAGAGAGUGCUUCAGAAACCCCGUCAGUCACCUCAAGUCGAGAGUCCACACUACAAAGAAAAGUCAAUAACAUCAUCCUGAUUCCAGAGAGAGCCAACAGCCCAGAUAAUGCUCGGAAUAUUUUCUACAAGGGAACAUCCAUUACUCCUGUUUACAAGGACUAAAAUAAUAAAAACUGAGCACUGCUGAGAUGCAACGAUAUUUUUAAGGAAUCCUCAAAUUUACAACCUACCAAUGUCUAUAUGAAAAUAAAAUAAAAGAAAUGGUUUUAGUCAGCAUGAUUUUUGUAAGUGUUUACACUAAAGCACAACCUUUUAAGUGUUGUAGAAAUCACUGUGUACUUUUGUGGUCACUCCCUAUUGUAAUGUAGAUGCUCUGCCAGUGGAACCUUUUUUAUAGUGUUUUGGAUAAAAACAUCCACAAAAAAAGUAGCACAGAAACAAUGAAAGUGUAGCAGACUACUAAAAAUACUUGUAUCAUAGCCGUAAAACCAAUGUUUCGUUCUCUGAACUGUAAAUACUGUGUAUGGUGCUACACCCCCAAAAACGGUUCACGUACUACAUGACAUAAUGUAAAAUCCCAAUAGAUGCAAAAUGUAAUAUUUCAUGAAGCGUUAAAGAAUGACAUGUGAAAGAGAGAACUUUUAUAUUCUGUCUCUUUUCUGUACAAAUUCCACAUAUUCAACGAAACACUGUUUAAACCAUAAGUGUGCUUAGCAUUCCUUCUGUAGCUAUGACGUCAAAUAUGCUGUGACUUGCACUGAAAUAAGUGUUUACUGUACAACGUAUAUCGUUAACCCCAAUUUUGUCUUUAUAUCUUCUAUCUAUAUUUGGGCCUCCACGUGGGUCCCAGAUCUAAGCACAAAAAGGCAGCAAACUGGUGAAAUCUUCUUCUUUAUACUGAGAGGUAAUUAGUAAAUUUUUAAAAAGGCAAUGCAAUUAACCUCAAGUCUCCUUCCCUACAUGGCAGGUUGAUUUAAAUUGUCUUUGUAGCUUUUAGUGGAACACUUUAACUUUUUGUUCACAAUAAAGAAACAGAAUAUUCAGCGCCUAGAGUUUGGAUAUAAAAACCAUGUCUACAGUCCCUAAAUUGCUCACCCAUUUAAGCAGGUGGCCCACAUGUUAAAAGGCUACAGCACAGGCCUGGGUUUGAAUCUGCUCCAGGUUACUGCAUGUCGUGUCCCUUCUCUCGACCUGCUUUCCUGUCCACUUUCUCCAUAAUGUCCCAGCAAAACAAGGGGAAAAAAACCUAUGCAUUUUCAGGCACAGAUCUUUAGCAGUGUAAAAGCAUGUGUUGCACCAUAAUUUUAAUGUCAUGUACCCUUUGUUAAAAUUUGAAUUAUAACUUCUGAGGUUAUUUUGCAUUUAACACAUCUAAAAGUAAUUUUAAUUACAGUCUAGUUACCAGAUACACCUUAACAAUCCGGUCUUUAAGUGAUGACGUGAUAAAUCCUGCUUCCGGGCCCAAACUACUCUGAGUUUAUUAAGGCUGUUGUGUUUUUAACAUGUUUUAAUGCUUUGUAUCUUGUUCUAUUUAAUCUCAACAAGCCCUUAAAAACAGUCAGUGAUCACUGUCAGCCUCUCUCAAUUUUUAUUACCGCUAAUCCUUUUAAAGCUCAGUUUUUAAAACCUUACGAUGUAACUAAAGCCCAGCCCAUGCAGCAGUAUAUUAAUGACUAACCUCGUAUUGUGGAUGGAUUAUCUCAGUUGAUCUCCUGACUGAAGUUUGGUCCGUUUACAGCAUCCUGCCAUGCGAUUGCAUUUGUCCCUGACCAUCAGGAACCCUCACGCUAACUUUUUUCGAGUGGAAAAAAGUUAGCGUUCAUCCUCCAGCUUCACUGUGUUUAUGCUAUGCUAACAUAGCUGUGUCACUAGCGAUCAGGUAGCACAUCAUUAUAUACCAGCUAGCCCAACUUCAGUAACAAUGUUCCCUCUAAGCUGCGCACGUGCGCACAAAAAAAAAAUCUAACCAGAAUUGAAAUUAAAAUGAAUACUUUAACAAUUCUGUUUUGCAGUGUUAGUCAGUGAGUGACUGGCUGCUUAGAACGAUGCCACCUUAUCCCAUAGUCUAGCCAAUGAUGCGAUUCACAUUCGUAUAUACGCAGCUAAUCAACGUCGUUGACAGGCUAUGACAGCGUCCUUAUGUGCCGACACCGGUGUUUUAGCUAGCAAAGCGGCGUGGCUGAUGUGGAGUGAAGCCACGUUAAUGACAACGUGUACAACCAUUGGAGAUGUGAGCAGGACAGACGGAACAACUGACGGAAAAAGUGUGGACAUUAUACCAGUUUUUAAAUUGUGUUGAUAGGCCACGUAAAACCAGAGUUAUGAUAAAAAUAUCUGCAAUGUUUGGUUUUCUUCCUGAAUACUAUCGUUGUUUAUAUUUACUGCGGGAAGAAACGGUAAAAACGGCGUUUUAUAAGGAAAACGCUCGAAAGCACUCUCCGCCUGUGAGCAAAAACAAAACCAAACCCCCCCCCCCCCCAGCCUUUCCUAUUGGUCGAAAAAUGUACCAUGUCUACCAAUCAAAACAUGGCAUUUAGUUGUUAAGAAACGGGAGGAAGUUUUAGGAGUGACGGCGUGUUUUGAGAUGUGAGAGAUUUGCGACGUUUAGCACAAAUCUUGUGUAGUUAGUGUGUAGUGUAGUCAAUAGUUCUGUUGUGUGUGUCAGAACAAUGAGGCGACUGCUGAAUGUUACAGGUGUUACAGGAGUGAUACAUCUCCUGUUGUCAGGCCUGCAGGUAUCAGGCUGUUGUUCUCCUUUAUCUCAUAGUGGACACAAAUAAUUUGUGUGGCAUCAGAUUUGAUGCAGAACAGCUGAUUGUUCUGUAAAUAGUUUGAAAUGUUUAUUUAAAAAACGCCUUGGCUGCAUUUUUAGGUAAACAGCUGCAAAAAACUUUAUUUGCAUAACUCAGUUACUUUUUUUGAAGAAGUAACUGUAUAAUUAAUUGCCCAACAUUGGUCUUUAUAUACUGUAUUUUGCAGACAGAGAGUUAUAGGACUCUCUCCCAGACCACAGACUCAUACUCAUAAUACAAGUCAGAGCUUUAUAAAAAAAAAAAAAGAAAAAAAAGAAAGAAAGUUAUUUUUACUUCCAAUAGUGUUAACAUACUACACAGGUCAUGGACACGAUUUUUUUUUUACAUUUUCAUUGUAAGUGGGCUAAAGCAGUUAAUUAAAAGUAGUCUAACAUAAAUGCUGUAAUUUGAUUAUUUUAAUAAACCAUGUAACUUGGAUGGAUUCGAUGCUGGCGUGACCACAGUGCACACGUCUGCUGUUGCUCACAGUGGUUCAAGGGACCGCUCAGGAAGUUUGUGUGUUCGCUCAGACACAUAAAAAAUUAGAGGGAACAUUGUUCAGUAACCCUACAAAUGUCACUGCUGUUUAGUUUUCUGUCUUCAUUUAUGCUGGAAGUGAUAGCAGAGCUGUACGUCUUAAUUUGUUUUGGGAAUCCCUCAGUCAGAACAUGCUAUAUCAUGUUUAGGUGGAAGCUAGCGAGCUAACUUCCUGCUAACUUCUAACUCUGUUAAAUGUAAUAAAUUCUGUCUUCAUGGAUGCCUGGAUGUUAAACUUAAUUGUUACACCUGGUAGAGCAGCCACGCUGACCAUUUUAUUACAGAUGAAAGAAUUUAGACAGUUUUUACCUCUUAGUGAUGCUGCAGUGUUCGUUUGACUUUGGGACCUGAAGCAGAGUUUGGGCCCAGGCACGACUAAUGACGUCAGACUUAAAGACCGGAUUAUAUUGGACAAACAAAGAAACACACAAAGUAAAAGUUGUAUGUACUUUAUGUUAUGAAUGCUCGAUCCACAUAAGAGCAGAUAUAGAUGAAUAAAAUGGGUGACAAUCUGUGUUUUGCUAAAUGACAAUCACUUUUGAAGAUGUUUUUUUUUUCCUGGAACCAGACUAGUGAUUUUUUUUUUUUUGUAAAUAUUGGUGACCAACAUCUGGAGUAUUUACUAUGAAAGCAUGAAACAUUUCAAGUUAGUCACAUUAGAUAUACAACAGUAUAUACACAUACACACACACACACACAACAAAACUACAAAGAAAAUUGAAUAAAAACGUCAAAUUUAUAGAGCCCCCACAGGAUGUCAUUCAGGAUGUCAGGAUGGCAUUCACUUGUAGCAUUGCCCAACAGCCUCAGAUCACCGUCUUUUGUUUAUAUAUAUAUAAACCCUCAUUUACAGGUGCUAUGUGUAACAAAUUUCAAAGAAAAUUGUAAUACCUCAGUAUAAUUAUCACGAUGAAAUAAAAACCUAUGUGAUUUUACAUGACUAAGCGUGUAAAAUGUGUGGACCAAUCUUUCCACAAAUGCAGGAGCAGCAUCGUGUUUGCUGCAAAUUUAUUUUGUGCCAUUGAGUAAUUUAUUUCUAUCAAAACUAAUCCAGGUACUUUUCUUUAAUACUCUAUACUGUGUAGAAGCCAGUGUAUGCACAUUCUCUCAAUAUUUGUAUUUCAUGGUGAUUCUGAAAUCUCUCCCAUUAUCAUGGUUAUUGUGACUGUUGAUUAAAAACAAACAGAGAUCUGCUUAGAAGUUUCCACUGUGGUGGACAUUCCACCAUCUGCUUCAGGGACUACCACCAUGACAGGCACCAAUUAUCUUGAGGCCGCAGGUCCUUAAAGCUGCCUCAGCAAAUGAGAUUCAGAACAUGGUCUGUAUAAUCUCGGUGUUCCAGCUUCCCUUGGAAUACUGUUCUGUUCUGUGGGAGUUGAAGAUCUACCGGACUGGGGCCUUUGUUGGUCUUGACCUUGUUUCUUUUCCUGUCACAGCAGUCAACUGAAUCGCUCUUAGUCUGGCCCCUCACCCAGGACCCGGGAUUUUGUUCCCCUACCACAGGGAACAAAAUCCCAGCGACACUGGGAUCACUGUGACAUAUAAAUCCCUAUACCAUGGUAAGGUUGCUGUUCAUGGAGGGGCAUUUCUAUCUUUGCUAUCACUGUUUGUAUGUUACCAUUGUACAACCAUGGUACGUUCUGGACAGGUUACCAGUCUGUGAUGAGGCUGAAAGGUUUCAGUGAAAAGCAGAACUUCAGUGCUACUUUUUGCAAAUAUUUUUCCUAUUGUUUCUUAGCACCAAAUCCUGCAAAAAGACAAAACCCUCAACCUCACUGGUUCUCACCAGCCAUUGCCAUUCAGGCACAUCACAUAUGGUAAAUGGGCUGGUUUUAUAUAACGCUUUUCUACUCUAUCUGAGCACUCAAAGUGCUUUACACAAUUUGUUCAUUCACCCAAUCACACCCAUUCAUACAAGCACUUUUCUACGUUCUUAGUGCUGUCUAACUAACAUUCACACUCUGAUGGAUGUAUCGGAAAGCAACCUGGGGUUAGUAUCUUGCCCAAGGAUAUUUGGCAUGCAGACUGGAGCAGACUAGGAUCGAACCACCUAACCCUCCUAACGGUGACCUGCUCUACCACCUGAGCUACAGCCACCCCAUACGAACAUAUGAACACAUCUUCAGAACCCAUUGGCACCACAUAAAAAUGACAUUUAAAUCUUUUUCCAUAUUUACGGUAAAGUACACAAGACCACAAACCUUUCCUAAACCCAACUAUGUACAUUUUGCAAACCUACCAACAGAAAAGAUUAAGUUCCCAAAAUUGAACCACUGUCUGAAAAACCUGUGACUUCCUCCUGCUCAAGGAGUAUUUUGCCAGUUUGGAAAAAUGGACUGUCAUAAUAAUAAUAAUAAUACAUUUUAUUUAAAAGCACCUUUCAAGACACCCAAGGACACUUAAAAAAGAGGUAAAACACAUAGCAGAACAAUGACAAAAUGAAGAACAAUAAAAAACAAGGUAAAAUAAACAAUAAGUUCACAGUGAAUAUGCAGACUUGGACAGUAGGUUUGAGUUGAAACUGGGGGAGAGAACCAAUGUUUCUUAUAUCAGGGGGUAGAGAAUUCCACAGCCUGGGAGCAGAGCAGCUGAACGCUCUGCUUCCCAUCGUGCUGAGGUGGAAAGAAGGCACAGCAAUUUGUAAAGAAGAAGAUCGAAGUGAGCGAAGAGGUAGUGCUUAACAGGUCAGAAAGGUAAGGAGGAGCAAGGUUAUGAUGGGCCUUGAAGGUGAGCAGAAGUUUGAAUACUACUGUGAAGUUCCUGAAGGAAGGGGUUGAUGUGCUGGUAGGAGGGGUUCUGGUAAUAAAGCAGGCAGUGGAGUUUUGAACCAGUUGCAGCUUAUGGAGGGGUUUAUGGGGGAGACCAUGUAAGAGAAAAUUACAAUAGUCAAUGCGGGAGGUAACAAGACUUUGGACAAGAAUGGACGUAGACUGCGUGGAAAGAGAAGAAUGUAAUCGGUUAAUGUGGUGUAGAUGGAAGUAGGCAGAACGGGUGAGAUCAUUGAUGUGAGAUUUAUAGGAUAGUGAGCUAUCUAGGAUGACACCAAGGCUCUUAACCUGAGGUGAACGGGAAACAGUGGAGCUGUCAGUAGUGAGAGUGAAAUGAUUUGCCUUCAGUGGGUUGGAUUUGGUGCAGAUGAGAAGGAUUUCAGUUUUAUCCUCAUUGAGCUUAAGAAAAUUAGAGAAGGUGGGAGGGAGGAAUGAGGCCUGCAGGAGACAUAGAAGUGGGUGUCAUUGAGAAAACAGUGAAAGUAAAGAUUACAUUUAGGGAAAAUGGUACCAAGAGAAGAGAAUACACAUUCUGUUCAUAAUAUACGUGUUGAACCUUGGAGUGCACAAGAAGUGAGUGGGUCACUUAGUCAUUUUAAUGUGGGAGUCUGUGGGGAUUUUAAAUUAAAUUCUGAGUCAGCCGGGAUUAGCCUUAAGAAGAACAACAUUUUUUGGCACUCCCACAAUGAUUUCAUUUCUCACUUUCAGAGCUGGCACCUUCUGUGCAAUGCAUUACACCAAUGAAUUUUAUAUUAGCCUCUUAAAACCUUCAAAGGAAAACAUCAGAAUUGCCCCCCCUAUGACAUUUAUUAAACCAGCCUGUGUGAUGUCACCUGAACAUUGCCACGUUUACAAAAUUUUAUAUAAAAGAUGUGAUGGUGAAAAUUACACAUUAUAUUCUUUAGAGUAAAGCUUAGGUCAAAGCAAUCCUAUCCUCACUCUCUUAAAUAAAUUAAAAUAAAAGUUGGACAUAAAGAAAAAUGACAUGAAUAUUUACACAAAAUUUAGUUACUUUAUUUCCUGAUUUAGCUGUCCCAAAGGUCAAAUCCAAAGUAAAGUAAAUGUAACACACGGGUAGAAAUGUAAAUCCAGUGGGUAGAACUGUGAAUGAAUACUCUCUCCAUGUGUAGACUCUUGUGUUGUCCCUGGGUGAAUAAAUGUUUUCUGAUGUGAUCAGCUGUAUGAAUUCUACACAGAAAAAAUGCAUUUACAGUCAGCUGAGUUAUAAUAGUUCACUUGUUGUGAUAUUGUGCAGCUGUCAAAUACUACAAAGUUUUGAUUGCAUAAAUCAUUGGAUCUAGCAUCUAGCACACAAAAUCAACCACUGGAUUCUGUGUGUCCAGAGGACAAUGAUCAGGGUAGAAGACAAACUGUGCACUGUCUCAUCUAUUUGAAUAAAUGUUUGCUAA